UUUUUGUUUGGGCGUUGAAUCCGAUAGCUCCUCGUCCUUCCUGGAUACACACGAAACAUACAAGUGACUCGCUUCUAGCCUUCCCCUUGAAUACUUCACCGGCCAAAAACUAUUGCGACCACUAUACUGUUGGGUUUUCAGGGCGUGCCUACGUUAUCUCUGACGCUCGUACAUUUCUGUCUCACGUGAGGCGUCGUCAAGCUCAGCAAAAAAAUCAGGUUUUGAUUGUUAACUGCACUGCAAAUUUAUAUCUGCGUGCGUGAACUGUAAAUGGUUUCCAAUACCGGUAUAACUAUGGUGUCACUAAAGACAGUACUAUAUGGACUACUGGUGGUAAUUGCCACGGAUUGCCAGAUAAUAAGUGUUCCUCUGACCAGAGGCAAGUCGCCAAGACAUCUGAUGCUUGAACUUGAUACUGACAUAGAUCAGCUGAUGAUGAUUAGAAAGCCAAAGCCAAAACCAAGAAGCAAUGAUUCAGUUGCACUAUUCAAGUAUCUUGAUAAUGAGUUUUAUGGAGAGAUUAGCAUAGGACAUCCUGCCCAAAAAUUUUCUGUUGUAUUUGAUACAGCCUGGUCUGACACUUGGGUACCUUCUAAAAAGUGUUCUUUCUUCAAUGUUCCCUGUCAAAUCCACUAUAAGUAUAAUUCAAAGAAAUCAUCAACUUAUAUACAAAAUGGAACAGUGUUUAAUAUUUCUCUUGGCAGUGAUCAGCUGUUAGGUUUCCUGUCAACUGAUGUGUUUCAUAUUGCUCACCUUACCAUAAAUCAGACAUUUGCUGAGAUUGUGAGUGUUCCAUAUUUGUUUAUCAUGGCAAAGGCUGAUGGCGUGGUUGGGUUUUCAUAUAGCUCAUUAAGUGCUGAUGGUGCAACUCCUGUGUUUUAUAAUUUGUUCAGGAAAGGACUCAUAGAAAAACCUGUUUUCUCCUUCUAUGUUAACAGAGACAUUACAACUUCUAGAGGUGGCAGUUUGUUUCUUGGUGGUUCUGACCCUAAGCAUUACAAUGGAAGCUUUACUUAUUUAUCUGUUUCACGCAAACUUUAUUGGCAGUUUCAUAUGGAUAGAGUGGAUUUGAUUGUUUCAGUUCAUAAAGCAUUGUCAUUCUGUGCAAAAGGUUGUGAAACAAUUAUUGACACUGGCACUUCCACAAUUGCUGGACCACCUAAAGAGAUACAAAAAAUCAAUGAAUUAAUAAUGGCAGACAGCAUGAUAUUUGGUCGGUACAAGGUGCCAUGUAACCAGGUCCAUAAAUUACCAGAAAUUAACUUCAUCCUGUCUGGGAAGAAUUUCACAAUGGAAGGAAGAGAUUAUGUGCAGCAGAUGACACAAUUUGGUAUAACAGUGUGCCUCUCUGCAUUUAUUGCUUACAGUGGUUCAAGUGGUUAUGAGUGGUCUCUUGGGGUGUCAUUUAUUGCUAAAUAUUACACUGAAUUUGAUAUGGUUAACAACCGUAUUGGGUUUGCAAAAUCAAAUGAGUGAUUUUAGCAGUACUGGCAAUAUUUUCAACAUAACUGAAUUGGUGUCAACACUUUUUACUGGUUAUAAGACAGCACUGUUUCCAUAUUUUGAAUGUAACUGGUUAUACUUUUUGACUAAUAUUUAGAAGGCUACAUUUAUAUUACAAUUUAAUUAGAACUUGUUAUACUUUUUAAUUAAAUUUGGUUUCAUUUCAAUGAUGGAACAUAUUGCAUUUAAUUAUUAUUUUGUGUGUGUUUAUUAUAUUUUUGUCAUAUUUUCCAAGGAGGAAACCAAAUUCGUGCAUCAAGAGAGAUAUGGAAACAUUAAACUGGAUCAAAGGGAUGUAGUUUUUAGUGACUGAAAUAUAUGCAGUGAUGUAAUUUGGGGUUGAAUAUUCAAAUCCUUUUAUUUUCAAUAAACAGCAGUUAUGGCUGUUGAAGACAGUAACAUUUCUUGUACUUAAUAUUUACUUAUUUUUUUAAAUAUUGUGGAGAAUAAAUGGACAAAUAUCAGAGGCA